CAAAAAGAGUGAGAAAGGGGCGUGUAUCUUUCUACAGUAGGAAUUUGGAACCCAAUUCCCACUCAACUGAGAACCCAAUUCCCCGAGUUUUGUUGGUUCAUAAUGGCUCUGUUCCGAGGUCACAAGGCCUCCCUUUCCAGAUAUACUACUUCUCCUUAUCCAUUUAGCUAUCACGUAUUCUUGAGCUUUAGAGGUGAAGACACCCGAAAGAACUUCGCUGAUCACCUCUACACUGCCCUUGUCAAUGCCGGAUUUCAUACUUUCCGGGAUGACGGACUCGAGAAAGGGGAGAAUAUCAAGCAAGAGCUUGCGAAUGCCAUUCGAGAGUCACGAACUUCUGUCAUUGUGUUUUCGAAAGACUACGCCUCUUCCAGAUGGUGUCUGGAGGAGCUUGUCACGAUCCUUGAACGCAAGAGGACCUCCAAUCAUUUCGUUUUACCAGUCUUCUACGACGUUGAUCCAUCCCAUCUGAGGAACCAGACUGCAAGUGUUGCAGAAACAUUUACUAGACACCAGAAAACUCAAUCGUCGAGUAAAGUGAGAAGAUGGCGGGCAGCACUUAAACAAGUUGCAGAUCUAGCAGGAAUGGAUUUACAAAAUGAAGCUGACGGGCAUGAGUCGAAGUUUAUCCAGAAGAUUGUUGGAGUGAUUCGAGACAAGCUAGGUCGUGUCCCCCUAAGCGAUGUCCAGAAGGAAUUAGAGGAUAAGUUGUUAUCUGUUAACCCUGUUCUUGAUGACGCCGAGGGGAAGCAACUGAAAUUCCAAACGACUGUGAAGCCAUGGCUCCAUAAGCUUAAAGAGGCUGUCUAUGAGGCUGAGGACCUGUUGCAGGAGAUCAAAACACAAGUGUUGAGGCAAAAGAAGAAUGACAAAUAUGGGAGUAGCACCAGUAAGGUACAAGAGCUCAUCUCUACUCCAUCUCAUGCUUUUGACUCAGCUUUAAUAUACUCCAGGGUAGAUGAAGUUCUUGAAAAACUAGACAACAUUUCGAAGCAGACAAAAGAUGUCCUUGAUUCGGAAGUAACCACUGGACACAGAGUAUCACAACCACUACCGUCAAUUUCUUUGGUAGAAAAGUCUGUGUAUGGAAGAGAUGAAGAGAAAGAAAGAUUGGUUAAAUUAUUGCUAUCAGAUGAUGAGACUGGCAAUGAAACAGGUGUGAUUCCUAUUGUGGGUAUGGGUGGGAUCGGAAAGACCACCCUUGCCCAGUUUGUAUACAAUGAUGUUAGAGUGAAGCAACAUUUUCACCUCCAAGCAUGGGUAUGCGUUUCAAAAGAAUUUGAUGUUUUUAGGAUCUCGCAACACAUUUAUGAGUCCCUCACCACAGAAGCUUGCCAAAGCACAAACCUAGAUCUGCUUCUAUCAAAGUUGCAGGCAACUUUGAUGGGGAAAAGGUUCUUCUUUGUUCUUGAUGACAUCUGGAACAAGAAUUAUAACCAGUUGGAACUCUUAAGGCGUCCCCUUGAGUCUGGAGCACAUGGAAGCAAGAUCAUUGUCACAACACGAGAUGAAAAUGUUGCACGUAUGAUGGGUAGCCUUAAAGCUCACAGUCUCAUGCCAAUGUCUGAGGAAGAUAGCUGGUCGUUAUUUGAAAAACAUGCCUUGAAAAAUGGAGGUGUUCCUACACACUCACAUCUUGAAAAAAUCGGUAGACAAAUUGUUCGAAAGUGCAAUGGUCUUCCUUUGGCUAUUAAGUCCCUUGGGGGUCUCUUAUGUUCUAAAUUGUUAGUGGAGGAAUGGGAAAGUAUAUUGAACAGUGACAUGUGGGAGUUCUCACUGGAUGAGAGUGACAUUCUGCCAUCUCUAUGGUUGAGCUAUCUAGAUCUGCCUCUACAUCUCAAGCGUUGUUUUGCCUAUUGUUCACUAUAUCCCAAGAACUAUAAAUUUCAAAAAUCAGAGUUGAUUUACUUGUGGAAGGCUGAAGAUCUAUUGCAACAUAAAAAAAACAAAAUGGCAGAAGAAGUCGGACAAGACUACUUCAAUGAUCUAAUCUCAAGAUCAUUUUUUCAACAUUCAUCAAGUUCCGAUGAAUACUUCACAAUGCAUGACCUUAUCAAUGAUUUAGCAAGCUUUGUAUCUGGAGAAUUUUAUUUUAGGUGGGAGGGUACUGAUUCACCCAAUAGUUUGAGCAAGACUCGUCACUUUUCAUAUAUGUCUAGAUAUCAUGAUGAGGCUGAUAGCCUAGCGAUGUUUGAGGCUUUACAGCAAGCUAAAUGUUUGCGCACCUUUCUAUCAUUAAAACCUCGUUGGUGGUUGCAGUUGAACAAAGGACGAUGUGAUAUAUUGCCAAAGUCAGAGUGUUUAAGAGUGCUAAAGUUAUAUGCAUACAAUAUUGAGGAAUUGCCUGAUUCAAUUCACAACUUCAAACAUCUUACGUACUUGGACUUGUCUGCGACUCCCAUAAAAAAGUUAACUGAUACAAUUUGUACUUUGUAUAACUUGCAAGUAUUGUUGUUGUCAAACUGUCGAGGCCUUAUUGAACUGCCAGCCAAGUUGCGAAGAUUGAUCAACUUGAGCCAUCUGGAUAUUACAAAGACAAAGCUAAAAAAGAUGCCACCACAAAUGGGGAGGUUGAAAGACCUCCAGAUGCUACCAGAGUUUGUGCUAGACAAGCACACUGCUGGGGAUAAUUUGGCAGAGUUAAAGAAGCUUGAAAAAUUGCGUGGAAGACUUCGUAUCUCAGGGCUUGUGCAUAGCAGCGGUUUGGAGGCCUACAUACUGAGGGACAAGAAGUUUCUUAAGGAACUGGUUUUGGAUUGGGGACGAAGGCAUGUCUUCGCUUACAUUUAUACGGUAGAAGAAAGAGAAGUGCUUGAGAAGCUCCAACCUCACCUGAACCUGGAAAGGCUUACAAUUAAAGGUUAUGGAGGCAAAAUGUUUUCAGGUUGGUCAGAAUAUUAUCCUUCCUCUGCUCUUGGUUAUCUUGAACUUGUUGAUUGUGUGAAUUGUAUCUCCUUGCCACCAUUGGGACAGCUACCUUCCCUCAGAGAGCUUCAUAUUUCUAAGUUACAUGGAGUGGUGUCCGUUGGUUCUGAAUUCUAUUAUGGUGACGGCAACACUUCUAGUGUGAAUAAACCAUUUAGAUCUCUACGGUCUUUGAAAUUCGACAAUAUGAGUGGAUGGAAAGAUUGGUCUUAUGGUGGAGGUGACGAUAAUGAAGGUGGGGUUUUUCCUAAUCUCGUUCAUCUUGAAGUGAUAGACUGUCCCAAUCUUACCGGGAGAUUAGUUUCAGACAGUCUCCCAUCUCUUGUGUCUUUGACGGUAUUGCAUUGCCCAGAAUUGGAAUGUUUUCCGGAAGAUGGAUUCCUGUCAAAGUUAAAAUCACUUGAACAAGGAAAAGUGAAUGCAAAGAGUAUUCAGAAUCUGAACAAGGGUCUCCGAACACUCACCUCUCUUGAAAGAUUGACACUUGAGUUCAGCUGCGACGAAAAAGUAGAUUGGUUUGUGGAGGAGCAGGCUGGGAUGUUUCCCAGCAUUCUCACAUAUCUCACGAUCUGCCGUCUGAAUUGUGAGACCAUCAACGGUGCCAAGUGGUUUGGCAAUCUCAACUCUCUUCAAGAAUUGGAGAUUUGGAAUUGCCCUGCGCUCCGGUGCUUGCCAAAUAGUGGACUACCCUCUUCUCUUCAACGCUUGCAGAUUUGGCGUUGCCCUGCUCUGCAGUGCUUGCCAGAUAGUGGACUACCCUCUUCUCUUACUUACCUAUGUAUCCAUGAAUGUCCUUUGCUUGAGAAAAGGUGCCAAAGAGAGACGGGUGAAGAUUGGCCCAAGAUUGCUCACAUCAAGUGCAUAUCAAUUCGAUAACGACAUGACAACGACAGAAGGCUUCCAUUUUCUGCGUGUAAGAUCCUAUUGUUUGAACUCAGAGGGCUUCCACAGUUCUAGGGUCUUGCUUGAAUUCAUGAUGGAUGGGUUUGAGAAAAUCGGUUUGACAACGACAUGCCAGAUGAAGGAGAAACAGACCAUUUCCAUUUCCUACGCAGUUUCAUGGAAAGUGAGCAAAAUUUCUUGAUAUGUUAAGACAGAGAUAUGCCAAGGUUAAGAUUGCUCGCAGGACCAAUAUUGCCAUGUCUUGAUGUCUGAGUUCUUCUCUUCUUAUCUGAACUUGCAGACUGUUCUUUAUCUCCUCCACUCAUUCCCACUGUUUCGAAGCAGAAUGAAAAUCACAGAGAGAUGAGAGCUAAUUUUGGCUUCAGGGUCGAGCUGAUAGUAAUGGUUUUCUGUUUUCUUUUGCCAGUGUAUACCAGCUCUGUAGAAGUUAUAGGUUUGCGCUACCACUAAAGCCUUAGGCCCUACAUUUUGGAAAAGAUGGAGAGGGAAAGGUGAACUAAGAUGUGCGAUGUCCUGAUAGUCCCAUUUGCAGUGCUGCCACUGAAGGAAAAUCGAGAAUUAAUUACCUCAAACUUGGUGUCCAUGACAAUAGACAACACAUGAUCAAAUAGUGUUGCACUUUGAUUGAUAAGAACUGUCCUUACUGGCAUAUCACUCAAUUGAUGAGUUUUGUUAAAGGCAUGUAUUGGUGAUUUGGAAAUGCCCUGCGCUGCAGUGCUUGCCAGAAACUGGGCUGUCCUCUUCUGUUACAUCUUUGAAGAUUUCCAAUUGCUCUGCUCUCUGGUUCUUGCCAGAUAGUGGGCUGCCCACCCUCUUAUAAACUUGGAGAUUAAUGGAUGCCCUUUGCUUGAGAAACGGUGCCAAGAAAAUACGGGUGAAGAUUGGCCCAAGAUUGCUCAUAUCCUCAAUAUAAAGAUCAAUGGGAAUUGGAUAUGACAUGCCAUGUCUCGAGUGGUCUCAUUUUGAAGUUAUCUGUCAGAUUCUCUUUCUUCAGGGUCAAGCUAGUUGUAAACUACAAGAGCAGUGCUGCCACUAAAGUGUAUAUCAACUUUCUAGAUGUUACAAGUUUACAGUACUAUAUGCAGUGCUACCACUAAAGCCUUCGGCCCUGCAGUUUGGAAAAGGUGGAAAGAGAGAGGUUAAUUUAGAUGUGUGAUGUCCUGAUAAUCCCAGAGGCAGUGUUGAAACUGAAGGAACAUUACAUUAAUCAUCAAAAACACUUGGUCUCUGUGGCAAAAGAUAUCACAUGACCAAACAGUAUUGCACCUUGAAUGAUAAGAACUGCCGUUACUGACAUCUCGAGGAACCAUUGGAUACAUAGCUCCGGAACUGUUUUACAAGAAUAUUGGUGGUGUGUCGAACAAAGCUGACAUCUAUAGUUUUGGAAUGUUGUUGAUGGAAAUAGCAGGGAAAAGAAAGAACUUGAAUGCAAAUGCGGCCAAUACGAGCCAAAUUUACUUUCCUUGGGUGUAUGACCAGUUAAAUGACGGAAAGGAGAUGGAGAUCGAAGAUGCCACGGAUGAGGAAAAGAAACUAACAAAGAAAAUGUUCAUGGUAGCAUUGUGGUGCAUACAAAUGAAGCCUAGUGACCGUCCUAAUUCAAUGAACAAAGUAGUAGAGAUGCUUGAAGGAGAAGUUGAAUUCAUUCAACUACCUCCAAAGCCUUUCCUAUAUCCACAAGACACGCCACAACUUUGUCAUUAUCACUGCAAUUGAAAAAUGAAGCUCAAGAGUCAAUUUGAUGAUUCAAAAUCCAGAAGAAGUGAUGUAGCGCCAGUUAAUAUGAAGUGUUCUUCCAUGCUCCGCAUAUACGCUCUCUAUAGAAUUUUUUUUUUUUUUUUUGUCUGAAGCUGUGUAUAGUUCGUGUACUUUAGAUCAACCAUUGUAUGGGAUUUCCUAUAUUAAACAAUGAAUGUAGGUGUUGUUGAUUAUGUGGUGGCUGAUGGAUUCAAGGGCGGGUUGUGCUUAUCGGAAAUCAUGAGGGAAUGUUUGGGAGUUUUGCAGUUCUUGCUACAAAGCUUCUCGUCUUUACCGAAGGUAGCUUAAUUCCUACUUGUUAUUGAACAUGCUCCGAUCAGUAUCAUAUUGGUCAGCAGUUGUUUACAAGCUUCGUAUUAACCCUAUCAUGUUCUUUCUCUACACCGGCACUAACACUUGAAAAAAAAAACUGCAUAAAAGAAAAGCUGUAUAUACAUAUAUAAUCCAGCAAUAUAUUGCCCAAGUAAGUUACGUACAUAUAAUCCGAUAGAAUUUAGACAUUAGUUGCCUCCCUUAAAGCAAUUCUCUUGGUUAUAGCUUGCAGCUUAGUGUUGACGUGAGUAGUGCUGGAGGCCAACAAUGAUGGCAGACAAUGGUGGCGGACAAGUUGGUGGCUGGCCGAACAAGUUAGGAGCUAAUCCACUAUUAGGAAUAUUUUUUGUAAUAGGACUUUAUGUAUCUUAUGUAUAUAUAUACUCCAUUCUUGGAGAAGAAAUAUAUGAGAAAAUUCCCAACCUUCUCCUUCUUUCUGACUUGGUAUCAGAGCAGAGAUCCAAUUUGGACUCUGUUUGUUCCGUGGCGUUUUUUCUUUGUUUUUUCGGGUUCUUUUGCUCCAGUUCUCCGCAUCUUCUGUCCAAAAUCUGUAGCAAUUCGGCCAUCAAUCUGUUCCGUUGGUUCCUUUGAGUUCUUUUGGGUUCUUUUGAUUGGUACAGAGAGAAACACAAGCAGAGCUAUUUCUUAGCAGCCCAGAAUUUCUCCGCCACUGCCGCCGCUGCUGCCUCCGCCGCUCUGCUCCGUCAAAUCUUUUCUUUGGUUCUUAGGUCCUUCCUCUUUCUUCGAGGUUGCUUUCCCCCGACAAUCACAGUAUAAUUUUGUAGAAGUCUUGGCCCAAUUCAUCAACAGCUGUGGGAGUAUCUCGGCUCAAUCCCUUUGUCAGCUGCCGCUUCGCCAGCCACCACACCAACAGCAGCAGGUCGGUCACGUCUCAGCCACAACGCUUGUUGACGAACGCACAGCAGCUUCGUCCAAAAUCAGCAGUAGUUCAGCCCAGUCCAAACCAUCACCUCGCUCAUAACUUUGGUUACCUUCACUCAAGCAUCCGCUUCGUCCAAAAUCUGCAGCAGUCUAGCCCAGUCUAAACUACAGCAGCAGCAACCUCAGGAUCCGACAUCCAGCAGCAGCAGCUCCAACCUGUCACCCACCCAAUUUUGAUUAAUCAACACCUUUUUUCUCUGUUCCUUGCUCCAUUCCAUUAAUUAAGGUCAACCCAGCCAAUACCUUGCUGGCAACCUUUUUUUGUUUGAGGAGCUGCCAACUAUAUCUAUUAAUCAUACUAUUUGAUUCCCCCACCAACCGCAUUUCAUUAAUCCUUCCACAUUUCCUCUCCACACUUCCCAAUUUCUUUUAUUAAGUUUCAAACACCACCCACAAACCCGUACACAACCAACUUUCACUUUCCACCCACUUUUUUUUAUUCUAUUAAACUUUCCAACACCCACCGAUUAAACAAAAGCUCACCAUCCUCACUUUUUCUAAAAGUAAAAAAAAAAAAAAAAAAAAAAAUU